AUGCCUUUAUCAUCUUCAACGAUAGAAGAAAAUCUUCAAAAUUUGAUAGAUCAAAUAAAAAUAAUUUAUUCAUCCCCAAAUCUAGAAUCACAUUAUCUAGAAUAUUUUAAACGACAAGUUACGCAAAUUGACGAAGGGGCACCAGAUAAUGUGAAGAAAGUUGAGAAAACAUGUUCUGAAUUGGGUAUAAGAAAUGUAUCAAGAUUUUAUAAAGUAGAAUCAGAUUAUUAUGAAUGGGAAUUACAACGACGUGUAUUUCGUUUAGUUGCACCAUCUGUAGAACAUCUUUGUAAGAGUGUAAUAUUCGAAAAUACUCGGUUUCCACAUGAUGAAAUUAACGAUCCACUGAAUUCCAAAUACUAUUGUGUUAUAUAUGUAGGAUCAAUUAACACUCAAAAAUUAAUGAAUUAUAUAAGAAGUUUAAAAAAUAAAUCCAUUAGUAAAAGGAAUUAUAAUUUUCGUGUUGCCGAUGUUGAGAGAAUGGUUCAGCUGACAGGAUUUGAACAUAAAGGUGUAUCACCCAUUGGAAUGAAUCAAAAUAUUCCAAUAAUUGUGUCCAAAUCUAUAACAGAACUUCAUCCACCAGUAUUUUACUUUGGAGCAGGACAUAAAGAUUGGAAAUUGGGAAUGCCAAUUCUUGAUUUUAUUAAGGCCAAUAAAUGUUUUGUCACAGAUUUAUCAUGA